AUGAUGCUGAUUACGAAAAUUGAACUGGAAAAUCAGAAGAUCGUCGCCUACCAGGGUCUUAACUUUAGUAACCACCCGUUCCCGAAGCUCACUGACGAUGUGUUCCCUGAUACAGCCACCAAACACGCGGUGCUGUGCUCAAAUGCGCAAUUCUUUCCCCUAGCAUAUAUGCAUCCGUUGCUCAAAAAGCUCAUCAAGACCAAACAUGUUGAGAUCCACGAAGUCAUGGUAAAGAUCAAGACAGCAUCACGGACCGUUCUUAUACUCGCAGAUGACGGUACAGAGUGCGAGAAUUGGCCUGAGCACAAUAUUUCACUGUUACGAAUUACCGCCAGUGGGAGCCGAAAGCAAUGGUACAUCAAUCUAUCCGGUGCUGAGCUCGGGCUCACGCAAGCAUUCUUUACCGCUGCCGACUUCGAAUCCAAGCACAUGCAGGCGCUUUGUGCAGUCUACGAGUUCGGUAAAUGUAGAGAAUACAUCUGGACCUGCUCAACUAUGCCAGGCUGGUAUGCGCACACAGAGCGCAUCGGCCUUCAGGCCUCAUCACGAAUGGAAACAGCACUACUGACCUUCUUGCAGCAGCCUGGAAAUGACUUGAGCAAUCUUCGUAAGAGGAGCAUCGCAGGCUCGACGAGCUGGACACAACCGUUGGUUGAGGCUUUGUCUCAGGCUGUUCAUGGGUACAUCUCCAACUACAACGUCGGUGGACUCAUGUCUCAGAUCAUCAAUGAGCCCGAGAGCCUAACGCGAGAAAUGAUGAGGAGGCAUUUCGAUUACGCUAGCAUUCUUGGCGAUGCUACGACGGUCGAGGAGAAUGCGAACUGCCCUAAGGUGACUCUGGAUCUGGCUAAGAUUGAGGAAGAACACAAGGGCCCUGGCGUAAAGGAUUGGCCGAUUCACAAGAAAGCAUGCAAAGACGCCCAGAACGUCAACCUCGAGAAGAAGCUUGCGCGCGUAGCCGAGGUCAUUCAACAGGCCUACUAUGACUUCCGCGAGAACACUUGGGACAGGCCUAUCAUCAAGGUCGAAGACCGAGACGACGUUUUGGUGAUUUACGAGGGCGACUAUCAAAAGAAGUCGAAAAAUUUCAUCAGGUUUCCGCGACACCUUGUUACGAAUGAUCGUACCAAGAAGGCGAUGCUUUGCGCUUGGGUGUGCAACGAGCCGAUGAUCUGGAUGCAUGAUACUGUUCUCGGUGCUCUUCGAGGUAAUACCUAUAAAGACAUUCUGCAUCAUUACGCUUACUCGAUUCCCACAGGCCUCAACAUCAAGAUUGAGGAGGUUGGCGUCACCCUGGGCCGUGUUCCCCGAAAGAUCACCAUCCACCACUACCCUCAAGGCAGCAGUAUGGACAACUGGCCUGGCUUCUACCAUGAAGUCAUCCGCGUUACAUCAAGCAAGACCAGGAAAGAAUGGGUCAUCGAUAUUUGCGGUGCGCAGUACGGGAUCUGCCAAGCCUUCUGGAGCUGGGACGAAUACGCGAAAAGGUACGGUGCAGAGGUACGGAAGGUGCAUCCUGUUGGCACGAGCAAAGCUCGAAUCGAGGAAGUUGCAAACAUUGCCGGCCAACCAAGCCUGAGUUACGGUUUAGUGGGAAAGGUAGCAGAACAUUUCAACGAAGUUGUACACCGAUGGCGAGUGGAUGGCGGCAUGUCACUAGCGGGCCUCCUCGACCUGGACAAUGAGAAAUACAAGCAAGCCAGCUGGGAGCUACUACGUAUCAUGGAUGUCGCAGUUGGGACUCAUAUGGAAACUCAUGGGUAUGAAGCGGAAUUCCUGGCUGCUCAGUACUACGAACGAAGGUAUCCCGGUAAGAGCGCUAGUAUCGCCUGCGCGGCCAACGAGGCGUUCUCCGCUCGAAUUGCUGGCAUGGUCGCAGCGAAGCAUUAG